AUGGAGCAAUGCAGGCAGCGAUGCCAAGCCAUCCACAAGACAUCGCACCCAAAUAUUUGGAUAAUACCGUUCAGUAGCGAAAUUGACUAUCAAAUUGUCAUCGGGGUUGUAACAGCUGCUGAAGUAUCCGGUGACAUUUGUCAUCAUUUAUUAGAUGAACUUGAGAAAUCAUCGAGAUCUCGAAUUCAUCUUGUUGGUUUCUCCGUGCCUCUGAAGUACGAGGAGUCGGAAGACAGUGAUGACGUUGAUGAGAAGAGUGACGAUGAAGACGACACUGGGACGGAAGACCGGCUGUCGGACUCUGAGUCUGAUCGUCGAGGAUACGUUGCUAUUUUUUUGCGAAAGGCAUAUACUAAUUUUGGUUGA